CCCGCGCGCCUCCGCCUUCCCACCUUCACCUUCAGCCGCGGCUCCCAUUGGCCGGCGCGCACCUGCCCGUCCGUCGGGGGCGGGCUUGGAGGGCGGGGCGGGCGACCAGGUGAAGGAGCGCGGGUGGCGACCGAGGAAGGUGACAGCGGGGAGGGCGGGAGGGAGGGGGGAAGCCGCGCAGAACGAGCCACGGGACCACAGACGGACCGCCGGGCGGACGGACGGACGGGGCAUGCGGGCGGCCUGGCUCUAGCCCGGGUUUCGGGGCUCCAGCGGCAGCCAUGGAGCAGCGGCUGCGUGCGCUGGAGCAGCUGGUACGGGGCGAAGCUGGUGGCAGCCCAGGGCUCGACGGCCUCCUGGAUCUGCUGCUGGGGGUGCACCAAGAGCUCAGCAGCGCCCCCCUGCGCCGGGAGCGUAACGUGGCGCAGUUUCUGAGCUGGGCCAGCCCCUUUGUAACAAAAGUGAAAGAGCUGCGUCUACAGAGAGAUGACUUUGAGAUCUUGAAGGUGAUUGGCAGAGGGGCCUUUGGGGAGGUUGCCGUGGUGAGGCAGAGGGGCAGUGGCCAGAUCUUUGCCAUGAAGAUGCUGCAUAAGUGGGAGAUGCUGAAGAGGGCUGAGACGGCCUGUUUCCGGGAGGAGCGAGAUGUUCUAGUGAAGGGAGACAGCCGCUGGGUGACUGCUCUGCACUACGCCUUCCAGGAUGAAGAGUACCUGUACCUGGUGAUGGACUACUAUGCUGGCGGGGACCUUCUCACGCUGCUGAGCCGCUUUGAGGACCGCCUCCCACCUGAGCUGGCCCAGUUCUAUCUGGCUGAGAUGGUUCUGGCCAUCCACUCACUGCACCAGCUGGGCUAUGUCCACAGGGAUGUGAAGCCUGACAACAUCCUGCUGGACAUGAAUGGCCACAUCCGCCUGGCAGACUUUGGCUCCUGCCUGCGUCUCAACAACAAUGGCAUGGUGGAUUCAUCAGUCGCAGUUGGGACCCCGGACUACAUCUCUCCUGAGAUCCUACAGGCCAUGGAGGAAGGCAAGGGCCACUACGGCCCACAGUGUGACUGGUGGUCACUGGGAGUCUGCGCCUAUGAGCUGCUCUUUGGGGAAACACCCUUUUAUGCAGAAUCUCUGGUAGAAACCUACGGCAAGAUCAUGAACCACGAGGACCACCUCCAGUUCCCUGCUGAUGUGACUGAUGUGCCUGCUAGUGCCCAGGACCUGAUCCGACAGCUGCUGUGCCGUCAGGAGGAGCGGCUGGGCCGUGGUGGGCUGGACGACUUCCGGAAGCACCCCUUCUUUGAAGGGGUCGAUUGGGAGAGGCUUGCAACCAGCACAGCGCCAUACAUCCCUGAGCUUCGAGGGCCGAUGGACACCUCCAACUUCGACGUGGAUGAUGAUACCCUCAACCGUCCAGAGACGCUGCCACCAUCCUCCCAUGGUGCCUUCUCAGGCCACCACCUGCCAUUUGUUGGCUUCACUUACACCUCAGGCAGCCCCUUUGAUGUGCAGAGCUCAGAGCUAAUGGCUGCCCCAGAGGGGACGCCCCACUGUGUGGAGCAGGUGAAAGUGGAGCUCAGCCACAAGUGUCAAGAGCCCCUGCAUGGCCCAUUACAGCCCCAGGAGCUUGUGCGGCUUCAGAAGGAAGUACAGGUUCUUCAGGAGAAACUGGCAGAGACACUGAGGGACAGCAAGGCCUCCCUCUCACAAACUGAUGGCCUCCAUGCUAGAAGCCCAGCCCCAAACAUCCAACUACAACAGGAGAAGGACCGCCUCCAGCAGGAGCUGACUGAAGCUCAGGCAGCAUUGCGAGUGCAGGAUGCUGAGCUGUGCCAAGCGCAGAACCGGCAGGAAGAAUUCCUGCAGAGGCUGUGGGAAGCCCAGGAGAGAGAGGCAGCUGCAGCCAGCCAGAUCCAGGCCCUGAACUCCCAGCUGGAGGAAGCCUGGGUUGUCCGGAGAGAGCUCGAAGGCCAGGUGACCACCCUGAGUCAGGAGGUGACACGGCUCCAGGGACAAUGUAAACAAGAAUCUUCACAGGCCAAGACCGUCCAUGCAGCCCCUGAGACGAACGGCAUAGGAUCUCCUGAGGGUCAGUCUCAAGAGGCCCAGCUGAGGAAGGAAGUGGCGGCUCUGAGGGAGCAGCUGGAGCAUGCCUGCAGCCAAGGGAUCAGUGUUGGGAAAGAGGAGGUUCUGUGCCGAUUGCAGGAGGAAAACCAGCGGCUGAGCCGGGAGCAGGAACGGCUGGCAGGAGAGCUGGAACUGGAGCUACAGAGCAAGCAGCGUUUGGAGGGUGAACGGCGGGAGACUGAGAGCAACUGGGAGGCUCAGAUCGCUGACAUCCUCAGCUGGGUGAAUGACGAGAAGGUCUCAAGAGGCUACCUGCAGGCCUUGGCUACUAAGAUGGCUGAGGAGCUGGAGUCCUUGAGGAAUGUGGGCACGCAGACACUCCCUACCCGGCCUCUGGAUCACCAGUGGAAGGCUCGGAGGCUGCAGAAGAUGGAGGCCUCAGCCCGGCUAGAGCUUCAGUCAGCACUGGAAGCUGAGAUCCGUGCCAAGCAGAGUCUGCAGGAGCAGCUGACGCAGGUGCAGGAGGCUCAGCGGCAGGCUGAACGCCGCCUGCAGGAGGCUGAGAAGCAAAGUCAGGCCCUGCAGCAGGAGGUGGCUGAGCUCCGGGAGGAACUGCAAGCUCGAGGACCGGGGGAUGCCAGGCCUUCCACUUCCCUCAUCCCUCUCCUGUCCUUCUGGAACACAGAGAAGGAUUCUGCCAAGGACCCUGGCAAUUCAGGAGAGGGUCCAAGGUCUGGAGCCGAAGCAGAGCUGAGGCCAGAGGGCCGCCGCAGUCUGCGCAUGGGGAGUGUGUUCCCCAGGGUGCCCGCAGCCACCACCACCCCUGCCGAAGGUCCUCCUGCUAAGCCCGGCUCACACACCCUGCGUCCCCGGAGUUUUCCAUCCCCUACCAAGUGUCUCCGCUGCACCUCGCUGAUGCUGGGCCUGGGCCGCCAGGGCCUGGGCUGUGACACCUGUGGCUACUUCUGUCACUCAGCUUGUGCGUCACAAGCCCCACCUUGCCCUGUGCCCCCUGAACUCCUCCGCACAGCCUUGGGGGUGCACCCCGAAACAGGCACAGGGACUGCCUAUGAGGGCUUCCUGUCGGUGCCGCGGCCCUCAGGUGUCCGUCGGGGCUGGCAGCGGGUGUACGCCGCUCUCAGUGACUCCCGCCUGUUGUUGUUUGAUGCUCCUGACCCUCGAGGCAGCCUGGCCAGUGGGGUCCUCCUGCAGGCCUUGGAUCUAAGGGACCCCCAGUUCUCAGCCACCCCUGUCUUGGCCCCAGAUGUCAUUCAUGCCCAAUCCAAGGACCUGCCACGUAUCUUCAGGGUGACAGCCUCCCAGCUGACAGUGCCACCAACCACAUGCACUGUGCUGCUGCUGGCAGAGAAUGAGGGGGAGCGGGAGCGCUGGCUUCAGGUGCUGGGGGAGCUGCAGCGGCUGCUACUGGAUGCACGUCCAAGGCCCCGACCGGUGUACACACUCAAGGAGGCCUAUGACAAUGGGCUGCCACUGCUGCCUCAUGCGCUCUGUGCUGCUGUCAUUGACCAAGAGCGUCUUGCCCUGGGCACUGAGGAGGGGUUGUUUGUGAUCCAUCUUCACAGCAAUGACAUCUUCCAGGUGGGAGACUGCCGCCGGGUGCAGCGGUUGGCUGUGAGCUCUGCGGCUGGCCUCCUGGCUGUGCUCUGUGGCCGUGGCCCCAGUGUGCGCCUCUUCGCCCUGGACGAACUGGAGAGUGCUGAGGUGGCGGGUGCCAAGAUCCCGGAAUCCCGAGGCUGUCAGGCUUUGGUCGCUGGGCGCAUCUUGCAGGCCCGGACUCCAGUGCUCUGUGUGGCAGUCAAACGCCAAGUUCUCUGUUACCAGCUGGGCCCAGGACCAGGGCCCUGGCAGCGCCGCAUCCGAGAGCUGCAAGCACCAGCUCCGGUGCAGAGCCUGGGCUUGCUGGGUGAUCGGCUCUGUGUGGGCGCCGCAGGCACCUUCGCUCUCUACCCGCUGCUCAAUGAGGCUGCACCCUUAGCGCUGGGAACUGGUCUGGUGGCCGAGGAGCUGCCUGCAUCCCGUGGGGGCCUAGGUGAGGCACUGGGUGCCGUGGAGCUCAGCCUCAGCGAGCUCCUGCUGCUCUUCGCCACUGCCGGCGUCUACGUGGAUAGUGCUGGCCGCAAGUCACGAAGCCACGAGCUGCUGUGGCCAGCUGCACCCACUGGCUGGGGUUACACAGCACCCUACCUAACAGUGUUCAGUGAAAACGCCCUUGAUGUGUUUGACGUGAGGAGAGCAGAAUGGGUACAGACUGUGCCGCUCAAGAAGGUGAGACCCCUGAAUCCAGAAGGCUCCUUGUUCCUUUAUGGCACCGAGAAGGUCCGCCUGACCUACCUCAGGAAUCCAUUGGCAGAGAAGGACGAGUUUGACAUUCCCGACCUCACGGACAACAGCCGGCGCCAGCUGUUCCGCACCAAGAGCAAGCGCCGUUUCUUCUUCCGGGUGUCUGAUGAGCUGCGACAGCAGCAGCGCAGGGAGAUGCUGAAGGACCCUUUUGUGCGCUCCAAGUUCAUCUCGCCGCCCACCAACUUCAACCACCUGGUGCACGUGGGCCCUACGGAGGGAAGGCCCAACACCAGGGAUGGGACCCGGGCUCAGGAACAGAAGAGCAGAGGUGCCCGCAGCUCCGGGCCGCAGCGGCCCCACAGCUUCUCAGAGGCAUUUCGGCGGCCAGUGUCCACGGGCAGUGAUGGUCUCCCUGGAGAAACAGACCCAUUGAAGAGGAAACCUUGGACAUCUCUGUCCAGCGAAUCAGUGUCCUGCCCCCAGGGGUCCCUGAGCCCUGCAGCAUCCCUGAUACAGGUCUCAGAACGGCCCCGAAGUCUCCCUCCAGAUCCUGAGUCAGAGAGCUCCCCCUGAUGCCCUCUGGCAGUGCCCACCCCAUUCCCAAGACAGAAGGAAUGAGGAAGCAAAGAGCUUAUAGGAUGCCAUACUCCGGCUGGUCCGGGAUGUGCUGAAAUUCAGACUCAGGGAGAGCCUGGGUGGAGGGGUAAGAGCACGGCACGCCUGGGUCCCCAGGAAUAGAGGUCUGACUCCUUGCCCCAUUCCUGCUAUUCCCUUGGGCUUCCAACACGGGCCUACAUGGGCCUCUAGGAGUGCCGUGGCUCUGGUGCCCAGGGAAGAUUGUGCCAAAGUUGUGCUUCACAGGGCCAGUCCCAGGGAAGCUGUUAGGAGUCAGGAUGAGGAAUGGAGGGGCAGGUCCUUGGGAGUAUGCUGGUGUCUUGUCUGUGCAGCCUGGCCCAGGCUGAGGCAGACGUGGAGCAUGCAAGGUCUCCGCUCAGGGUCAGGCUGGGAUAUGGGCUCUGAUUGACAGGGAAGGAUAGAAAAGGGGGAGCGAGGCAAGUGAGAGAGGGGAGAAGGCGGCGACGGAGCAAAGGGAGGGAAGAGGAGGUGAUGUAAUCAGAAGAUGGAUGCUAACCCGAAAAGAGGAGAGAAGGACAAAACAUGUGAUGAGGAGGAUGCCUGAGAGGGGAGGGGAGGAGGGAGAGUGAGGCAGGGGAGAACCCAAACCCGAGAACUUUUCUCUGGGGUGGGGCUUGGGAUUGAGAGCAGGACUGUUGCUAGCUUAUCCGUCCAGAAAAAAUGGUUCCUAGGCAGGGAGGGGAUGGGAGGGUAUUUAUAAAGGCUUCUUGGUGGGAGAUAGUCACCCUGUGGGGACCACUAAAGAUCUCCAGGCACACUUUGGCUCUUCCCAGCAAGGGGGGUCCUUUUCUGGAAGCUUCGAUCUACCAAGUGUAUUAGGGGAACAUAGGGGGCAUUUUAUUAUUGAUCACAGUCACUAUUAUUGUUAUUAUAUUGCUAUUUUUAUUAAACCUCACCCUGCUACAGGGUGGGGAGUGAAAGAAGUAUUUAUCUCUUUAAACGCCAUAUUCCUGGAAGGGAUAGGCUCUGAUGCUCCAAGAUGUGACAAGAACCAAUAAAGCCAACUUUAUAAGCU